UUAUUCAAAGUUUCAGAUUGUCUGUGCAUCUGUUUUGUAACAAACGAAUAGGCUGAAGUAAACUUUUCUGAUUGCAUUUUGAAGGCCGACCCCGAUGAGAUAUUUUGGAAAAUUUGAACUUGACUCUACUGGCAAAAUAUUACAAAGUAUUGCAACAGAUGAACACAUGAAAAAGGUGCUAUAUGUUUCCAAUAUUGAUAAUAUCGAGAUUUGUGAACAGUUCUUGUUACCAAUGAUUGCAAACUGUAUAUUCAUUUUACUGGUACUGUGAAUGAAAACUGAGAGAGUGUUUUAUUGAAAAGCGAACCAUACAGUGAAUCAAAUUCAGUGUAAGCCAAGAGAAGAUGUUCCAUUUGUCUAGUCUAAGGAAGUGUUUCCCAUUAAAAUCAGGAUUGCUUUCCAAAACAUUUGCCACCCAGACAGGAAGAAAGAAACUAGUAAUUCUAGGGACAGGAUGGGGAGGAUACAGUCUGCUCAGGAAUAUUGAUAAAAAAUUGUUCGAUGUGGUGGUAAUUAGUCCAAGGAAUUAUUUUCUGUUUACUCCAAUGUUGGCAAGCACAACUGUUGGAACUGUAGAGUUCAGGUCCAUCAUUGAACCAGUCAGGAACACCACUUUCCGACAGACAGGAGAUUUCCAUCUGUCGUAUGCCACUCACUUGGACAUGAAGAAUCAGGUUCUCCAUUGUGAGAGUGUGCUUCAGCCCCAGCUGGGAUACACAGUCAACUUUGACAAACUUGUCAUCGCCGUAGGGGCUCGCAGCAAUACUUUUAAUGUCCCUGGAGUGGAGGAACAUGCCUUUUUCCUCAAGGAUAUACCAGAUGCAAGGAAAAUCCGAAGUAGGAUUAUACGUAAUAUUGAGCUUUCACUUCAUCCAGGGUUAAGUGAAAGUGAAAGAAAACAGUUACUGAACUUUGUGAUUGUUGGGGGUGGACCCACAGGAGUGGAAUUUGGUGCGGAGCUGUACGAUUGGAUUGAACAGGAUGUUGCCAGAGUUUAUCAUCAGAGAAAAGACCAAGUUCAUGUGACAUUAGUGGAAUCCAAUCAGAUUUUAUCCUCCUUCGAUGAAAGUUUGAGAAAAUAUGCAGAAAAUAAAAUAAAACAGAGGGAGCGUUUUCAGCUUGUCAAGUCAUCUGUUACACAGGUGACAUCGGACUGCGUGAAACUGAGCAAUGGAGAGGACCUGCCCUGUGGAUUAGUGGUGUGGAGCACAGGGCUAUCACCCACCCAGUUUGUCAAGUCUCUGGGGGUGGACAAGAACAGAAAUGGGCAGAUUCUUACAGAUAAAAAUCUACAUGUAAUUGGAGAUCCAACAAAUAAUGUGUAUGCCCUUGGAGAUUGUGCAGACAUCAGAGAUAACCCUCUACCUUGUAUAGCACAGGUUGCUGAAAGGCAAGGAGAAUAUUUAGCCAAUCUUUUUUGUGGAAAGGCUGAAAAGGAGUUUACUUUCCAGAGCAAAGGGAUGUUGGCUUAUAUUGGACGCUACCAGGGGGUGUCGGACAUUCCAAAAAUAAAAAUGCAGGGAAUAUCUUCCUGGUUUCUUUGGCGAUCGGCUUACCUGACCAAGCUGGGAAGCUGGCGGCUGAGGAUGCAGGUCCCCAUGGACUGGACCAAGACCAUUCUGUUUGGUAGAGACAUUUCUAGGUUUGACUGAAGCCCUGCUGUCUGUGUUAACUAUAGUGUUAGUGUUUGAAACAUGACCUAUUAUAAAAAGAAUGUCUUACGAAAAUGAAACAAAUUGUUUUGUAUAUGAAUAUGAAUGAGGAUUGAAUGCAUUAUUUUCCUAAAUAAUGGAAACAUAAUCUAUCAUUUAUGUAUAUGAGAGUAAUGUGCUACUGCAUGUAUGCAGCAUUUUUUUUUUAUAUAAGUACAUAUAUAUAUAUUCUAUUUAUAGAUUUAUACGUUACGGGUAACUAAAAUUUUACCCUAGAUUCAUUCUGUGAUUUUCAUGAAACGGUUGACUGACAAUAGUAAUAAAUUCAAAUGUGUAUGAAUA